CACACACACACACACACACACACACACACACACACACACAAUCAAUGCGGAGGACAAGAAAGACCACGUACGGGGUAUCCUGGCGAUUAUUCAAUAUGCAGCAUCUUCCCUGCUAGUCAUGGGGUUGAAAACUUGAUAUGAGGAGAGAGAGAACAUCGACCAAUCAGGUUUAGUGGCUUAUCAUUGUCUUGGCUCUGAUUCCCUAGAGCAAACAACGUAACGUAUCAUUGCUUCUGAACCCUUCCAGACGUUCCAGUCUUUUCAUACCCCGCGGAGAUGUGCGAUGAACCGCGGAGAUAGAGGGCAACUAUCGGCCUAUGUACAAGAGAAAUUUUUACCAAAUAUCCACAUUCCGGUGUUUACCCUUCGGCCGAUGACCAGGAACGAAAGAGGUCACCCAAAAAAGAAAAUUUGCGGCACGGAAAAUGGCGACACGUUGCCCAGAGGUUGCCCAAGGGCAUGGGCUCAUCAGUAGUAUAAAUACCACGACCAAGACUGACAGUUGCAGGAGGGGUAGCCCUAAUUACUAGAUUUAAAACGUCACAUCCCACCCCUCAUCUGUUCACUACUCAAUUCUUCAGACCAUCCCUUCACCAUGCCGCUCUCCCCUGAACAAAUUCAGCUCAUCAAGGCCACCGUGCCGGUCCUCCAGCAGCAUGGCACCAACAUCACCACCGUGUUCUACAACAACAUGCUGACAGCCCAUCCUGAGUUGAACGCCAUCUUCAACAACGCUAACAAGACGAACGGUCAUCAGCCCCGCGCCCUGGCUGGUGCCCUCUUUGCCUAUGCUUCGCACAUCGAUGACCUGGGAGCCCUUGGUCCUGCCGUCGAAUUAAUCUGCAACAAGCACGCGUCGUUGUAUAUCCAACCCGAGCAAUACCAGAUCGUGGGCAAGUUUCUGUUGGAGGCCAUGGGCGAGGUCCUCGGUGAUGCGCUUACCCCCGAGAUCCUCGACGCCUGGGCCACCGCAUACUGGCAACUGGCCGACCUCAUGAUCGGUCGCGAGGCCGAACUGUACAAGCAGGCCAACGGAUGGACGGACUUCCGCCACUUCCGUGUCGCAAAGAAGGUCCCCGAGUCCUCGGAGAUCACCUCGUUCUACCUCGAGCCCGUCGAUGGCGAGCCCCUCCCCAAGUUCCGUCCCGGCCAGUAUAUCUCCGUUCAGGUUUUCGUGGACUCGCUCAAGUUCCCCCAAUGUCGCCAGUACUCCCUGAGUGACGCCCCGCGGUCGGACUACUACCGUAUCAGUGUCAAGAGGGAAGCCGGCCUCAACACCGCUGAGCCCAACGCCCCCGCUCACCCAGGAUACGUGUCCAACAUCCUCCACGCACACAUCAAGGAAGGCGAUGUCGUCAAAGUCUCCCACCCCUUCGGUGACUUCUAUCUUUCCGACGCCGAGAGCCCCAACCCCAUUGUUCUCCUCGCUGCCGGUGUCGGUCUCACCCCUCUGACCUCCAUCCUGAAGACGCUUACCUCGAACCCCACGGAUGCCCCCCAACGCAAGAUUCACUUCAUCCACGGUGCCCGUUCCGCAGCUGCUCGUGCCUUCAAGAAGGACAUUGACUCCCUGGCGGAGAAGUACCAGAACCUGCACGCCACGUUCUUCGAAACCCACCCCGCUGCCGAGGAGAAGCAGGGCGAGGAUUACGACCACCAGGGCCGCGUCGACAUCUCCAAGCUGGACAAGAUCAAAGAUCUGUUCCUCAACGAUCCCAAGACGGAAUACUACGUCUGUGGCCCCAACGAUUUCAUGACCUCCACGCGUGCUGCGUUGGCCGCUGAGGGUGUCAGCGAGGAUCGCAUUAAGCUGGAGCUCUUCGGCACUGGCGGUGUUCCUGCUUAGUUUGGUUUUCUCUUCUUUUUUUCUAGAUAUAGACCAUACCUAGACCAUCUGUCUAUAGUUUAGAUUCUCCUCUCCUGCCGUUAUGAGUUACGAUAUAGCAUAAUCAUCACAUUUUCAACAUCGAUUCCACAUAUAUCUUUACUAUAAGCAUAUUUAUAAACUAAUAUCGUUGUCAUUGUAAUCAUAUGAUCAUCCGCAUUACUAUAC